AUGACAGGCGAGGUGGUUUCUGAGGUUCACCUAGAAAUCAGUGAUCCAAAACUCAUUUCACAAGAAGCAGCAAAUAGUCCCUCGGACAGUGGACAAGGCAGCUGUGAAACAAUUGGGACCUUGAGUGAAAGAGAUUCAGAUGAAGAGAUUUUUAUUAGUAAGAAAUUGAAAAGCAGAAAGGUGCUACAAGACAGUGAUUCUGAAACAGAGGGCAUUAAUGCCUUUUCAGAGAAAAGUACCUAUGACAAUGCAGAGGAGGAAGAUAAAGAGAACAUAUAUGCUGGCAAAAAUGGGAACGUCAGAAGAAUUUACAAAACUCUGGCCAACAGUGAUGAAAGUGACAACGAGGAGUCUUCAUAUCAGAAAAAUCUUGAAACCCAAGUGAUAUCUUCCUUAGAGCUGGAUCUCCAAUCUGAAAAAUCUGUGGACUUUACAAUUGACAGAAAGAUUUCUAAAAAAUCCAUACAUGAUGAAGAAGAAACUGGAGGAAAAGCAAAAGUAAAAUCAAAGAGAAGACUUGAUAAAGAAGAAAGAAAGAUGGAAAAAAUUAGGCAGCUAAAAAAGAAGGGAACAAAAAAUGAGAAAGAGGAUAUGAAACAGCCAUUUAAUGACAGUGGCUGUCUUCUUGUGGAUAAAGACCUUUUUGAAACUGGAUUGGAGGAGGAAAAUAACUCUCCACUGGACGAUGAAGAGUCAUUAGAAUCAAUAAGGGCAGCUGUGAAAAACAAAGUGAAAAAGCACAAGAAACAAGAACCAUCUUUGGAGAGUGAUUUCUAUUCAUUUGAAGCACAAAAUGAGUUAUCAGAAGGCUCCAUGAGGAAGGAAAGGAAGGCAGCCAAGUUAAGUAAGGAAGCAUUAAGAAAACUGCAUAGUGAGACUCAGCGCCUUAUUCGAGAGUCUGCACUUAAUCUUCCAUAUCAUAUGCCUGAGAAUAAAACCAUUCAUGAUUUCUUCAAACGUAAACCCCGACCCACUUGCCGGGGAAAUGCCAUGGCCCUGCUAAAGUCAUCUAAGUAUCAGCCAAGCCAUAACAAAAAAAUGAUAACCACUGCAAAUACAACUGAAAUGAACAGUGACUCCCAUAGCAAAAGUUCUGAGCAGGCAAUAGGCACAGAAUGUGAAGCGGAAAUCAAUCCACUCCUUGCAGCUUUAAAGGAACCCCACAUCACUGCUGGGUUAGAUGAGUCUUGCUGUAAGGAUUUGAUGGGAAGUGAAGAGCUAGAAAUUCAGGAGAAACAGAAGCAAACUGAUGGUUCCAGGAGCAGUUCAGUGGAGCAAAAGGAACCCAGCUUCCUAGGGACCAAGGAGGGUGAAGAGUAUCAGGCUGGAGGGCUCGUGGCACCUGAACCUUUUGCUCUAGAGGGAGGAGAAGUCCUGGAAAAAGUAGAAGAAGCAGAUGGCAAAGUGGAAGAUCCUGGGCAGCAAACGAAAUCAGCAGCAACUGUGCCACCUGAAAAAGUGAGACGGUUCACUCUGGAUAGACUUAAGCAACUGGGAGUAAAUGUUUCCAUUAAACCUCGGCUGGGUGCUGAUGAAGAAUCCUUUGUGAUACUUGAUGAACCUGAAACAAACAGAGAACUGGAAGCUUUGAAGCAGCGUUUCUGGAAGCAUGCUCAUCCAGCAGUCAAACCCAGGGCCAGUCAGAAGGUGAAUGUGAAUGUCAUUGUGAAAGACGUGGGCAUAGAUGGAAAGGAAGAGCUAAAGGCAGAUGUGGUACCUGUGACUUUGGCAGCUGAAAAGUUGGAUGAGACAAGCCACACCAAGCCAGGUGAAAAGCUUCAAGUGCUGAAGGCUAAACUGCAAGAAGCAAUGAAACUCAGGAGACUUGAAGAGCGUCAAAAGCGCCAAGCAUUGUUUAAAUUGGAUAAUGAAGAUGGCUUUGAGGAAGAGGAAGAGGAGGAGGAAGAAAUGACAGAUGAAUCUGAGGAAGAUGGAGAAGAGGUGGAGGAGGAAGAGGAAGAACUAGAGGAUGAGGAGAAGGAAGAGGAGGAGGAAGGCAAUCAGGAGAUUGCAGAAUUCCUUCUUGAUAGUGAAGAAAUAGAAACCAAAGAUGAGAAAGAAAUAGAUAAAGAAAACAAUGAUGGAAGUCGUGGAAGUGGCAAGUCAGUUGGCCUUCUCUCUGUCCCCAAGCCUCUCUCAUCAGAUUCUACCUUACUUCUAUUUAAGGACAACUCUUCUAAGAUGGGUUACUUUGCUUCUGAAGAAAAGUCAGAAACAGGUGAAAAUUCAGACAAAAAGCUUAGCAAACUAGAUGAAGAUGAUUCAUGUUCAUUGCUGACAAAGGAGAGCAGCCACAAUAGCAGCUUUGAGUUGAUUGGCUCCACAAUUCCAUCCUAUCAGCCCUGUAACAGACAAGUGGGCCGGGGCACCAGUGUCUUCCCUACGGCAGGAGGAUUCAGAUCGCCUUCCCCUGGCCUGUUUCGAGCCAGUUUGGUCAGCUCAGCUUCUAAGAGUUCAGGGAAGCUGUCUGAGCCUUCACUUCCCAUAGAGGAUUCCCAGGAUCUGUAUAACGCCUCCCCAGAGCCUAAGACACUUUUCCUAGGAGCAGGAGACUUCCAGUUCUGUUUAGAAGAUGACACUCAGAGCCAACUGUUGGAUGCAGAUGGGUUCUUAAAUGUUAGGAACCACAGGAAUCAGUACCAGUCUUUGAAGCCUCGACUGCCACUGGCCAGUAUGGAUGAGAAUGCAAUGGACGCUAACAUGGAUGAGCUGUUGGAUUUGUGUACUGGGAAGUUCACAUCUCAGGCUGAAAAACCUCUAUCCAGGAAGAAUGACAAGAAAGAGAACAUGGAGGAGCUUCUGAAUCUUUGUUCAGGAAAAUUCACUUCUCAGGAAUCCUCUGCUCUGGCUCCAUCAGAGUUAAAUAAGCAGGAGAAGGAGAGCAGCACAGGUGACCCAAUGGAGGAAGCACUCGCUCUUUGCUCAGGCUCUUUCCCAACAGACAGGGAAGAAGAAGUUGAAGAGGAGGAAUUUGGAGACUUUCGACUUGUUCCAAAUGAUAAUGGCGAGUUUGCUAGUGAUGAGGAUGAACACAGUGACUCUAGUAAUGAACAUCUGGCACAGGAAGACCAUGAAGAUGGUGAUGAAGAAGAGCUACUACAGCAAUCGGAGAAGUUGAAAAGGCAAAUGAGAUUGAAAAAAUACCUGGAAGAUGAAGCAGAGGUGUCAGGGAGUGACGUGGGAAGUGAAGACGAGUAUGAUGGGGAAGAUAUUAAUGAAUAUGAAGAGGAUAUAAUUGAUGAAGUACUUCCUUCUGAUGAGGAACUGCAGAAUCAAGUCAAGAAAAUACACAUGAAAACCAUGUUGGAUGAUGAUAAGCGACAACUACGUUUAUACCAAGAAAGGUACCUAGCUGAUGGAGAUCUGCACAGUGAUGGUCCUGGGCGAAUGAGGAAAUUCCGAUGGAAAAACAUAGACGAUGCUUCCCAGAUGGACUUGUUCCACAGAGACUCUGAUGAUGAUCAGAUUGAAGAACAGUUUGAUGAGACAGAAGCCAGAUGGAGAAAGGAGCGAAUUGAACGAGAGCAGUGGCUUCGAGACCAGGCACAGCAGGGGAAGAUUGCAGCUGAAGAAGAAGAAAUUGGAGAAGACAGUCAGUUUAUGAUGCUGGCCAAGAAAGUUACAGCCAAAACACUUCAGAAGAGUGCUAGUCGCACUAUGGUUGUUCAGGAAUCAAACUCUUUACUCAGAAGUCCUUUUGAAGCCAUCAAACCAGGAAGUGCCCAUCAGCUAAAGAUGGGCUCCUUGCUCAAUCAGCCUAAAGCUGUGCUUCAGAAACUGGCUGCCUUGUCUGACCUCAACCCUACUGGUCCCCGAAAUUCAAGAAACUUUAUAUUCCACACACUUUCUCCUGUCAAGGCUGAGGCAGCAAAGGAAUCUUCUAAGUCUCAGAUGAGGAGAAGAGGUCCAUCUUCAGUCACAUCUCUUUCACCGAAGCGCCUCAAAACAGAUGAUAGCACUUCAGUAUUGAAGCGAAGCAUUUUCAAAUACUUGGAAAGUUAA